GCCUUCUUCUCUCUUCUUCCUGCCAGGCUACCACUGCUCCCACAUAGCUGAGAGAGAUGCUAUGAAUGGGAGCAAGCUUCCCUUUUUUAUAGACCUCAAGGGAAGUUCUUCAAUUGCGGUUUGGGAGUUGGAUGGCAACUAACAUUGGUGAACAUAGGCGGCAGUGGUGGUGCUGACUUCAAUCUUCCAGCGUUUCCGGCGAGGCGGUGGUGGUGGUGGAGAGGGCAUAGGGUGCUGUUCCUGUUAAAAUCUAAUCCAAGUGGAGUUGGGUAAUGGUAUUAUUUGUUGACAUUCCCAGUGAUUUACAGAGUGUUUUUGAUGGUUGGUGUCUUAAUUGAUUUUUCCUUGGAAAAGAUAUUGUUUGCUUUGCUGAGAGUUGGUGCCUUUGGAGCAUCUCUGGUCCCACCCCCUUUAGAGCCCUUCUUUUCUUUACCACCCCCAGCAGCAAAUGUCCUGCAGCCCAGCACCCUGACUGCCUCCCCUGUGAUGAUGAAACUUCUCAUUGAUUUUAUGCAGUUUAUUGCCAUGUCUUUUCCCUGCAAAAAUAUUUUACAAAAUCAUCAAUAGUUCAAGGUUCAAUUUCAACGUAACAUGCUUCCUUUAAUACCCCAUAUCCACCACUUUGUAAUACGCCACUGCUAUACUCUACAAUGCAGCAAUAGACUUCAAAUCCCUUUAAUGAGUUGGGCAAAGCAGUAGGAACUCAAGCAGUAGUCUCUCUACCAGUGCAUCACCAUUCCAACACAACCAAUUGUGGUCUUCAAAUCUUGCAUAUCUUGCAAUGUUCAUCUCUCUCAUCCUUCCCAAGAGGCAGAUUUGUCUGUACCCUUAAAUCUAUUAGGGUUGGUGAUUGUGCACAGCUGCAGCCAAUUUCAGAGGAGAUGUUUCACCACAAUAAUAAUGCUCUUGAAGAUUUGAACAUCUUGGGGUAUCCCAAUCUCAGAAUCAUACCAGAUUGCCUCUACAACCUCAAAGAUCUUCAGAGCGGAAAAUGUGAGAAUCUGGAGCUGCAGCCUCAUCAAUUGCAAGGCCUCACUUAUCUUACUUCACUCAAGAUCACUAAUUGUGAGAAUAUCAAGAUGCCCUUAUCAAAAUGGGGCCUUGCCAGGUCGACCUCUCUUAAAACUCUCACCAUUUCUGGUUAUCACCACCACCACUCAUUGCUUCUUCCUACUACUCUAGCUGAGCUUUUCAUUUCAAGCUUCAAGAAUCUAGAAUCCUUGGCUUUCCUGUCUCUCCAAAGGCUCACCUCUCUUAAAAGGCUAUGCAUCUCCAGUUGUCCUAAUCUCCAGGGCUGUUUAACACGCUUUCAGAACUAUUUAUAACAUAUUGCCCACUCCUAAUUUGAAGGUGCUCAAAAGAGAAACGGGAAGAUUGGCCCAAGAUUGCCCACAUCCCCUAUGUGAAAAUAGAUGGCAGAUUGAUCCUUUAGCAAUAAGGAGUUGAGAUUGCAGCAAAAUGAACGCAGAGACCAUUCCACUGUAUAUAUAUAUAUGCUUGGUAUUUUUUCUUCAGUGUGCCACAAUUCCUUUUUGUGCACGUACGUAGGAUGUGAAGGAGAAAAUAAUGCAAAUGGAAUCCAAUUCUCUAACCACAGAUGUGGGAGGAGAGCUUGAAUCAAAUUAAGCCAACUCCUUGCAAAAGACGAAUUCUUGCUAAGAAACCUCACCACACGCAAGUUCUUUCUUAUCCAAGAAUUCUCCAGCAGAGCUUUCUGAUUGGUCAGCAUGCUUCUGAUGAUCCUUCUGCUUAUCCAAAAGUUGCAGCUUGGAAAUCUGAAGGAGAUGGUAGUGACUGCUGCUCAUGGGAUGUCUUAAGAGUGUAACAAGGACACUGUCCAUGUGAUCUGCCUUAACCUUGGCAGCAGCUGUCUCUAUGGUUCUAUCAACUUCAGCAGCGCCUUCUUCCACCUUGUGCAUCUUCAAGGGCAUGAUCUCUCUGAUAAUGAUUUCAAUUACUCUAUGAUCCCAUCAGGAGUUGUCCAGCUUUUGAGUCUAAGAAGUCUAAAUGACACCUCACCUGGAUUCUCUGGCCAAAUCCCAUUGGAUCUCUUAGUGCUGUCCAAACCGAUUGUCCUUGAUCUCUCACAAAAUCCAUUGAAGCACCAGUAACCUGACCUUGCUUCAGAUUCAGGGAACACCAUGGAAGUUGUUGGAGAGGCUCUUCUUUCCACUGCCCUCGGCUUGCUGUUUGACAAGUUGACUUCCUCUGAUCUUAUUAAGUUCGCACGGCAGGAGGAUGUCCACACCGAACUCAAGAAAUGGGAGAAGGAGUUGCAGAGCAUCCGGCAAGAGCUCAACGACGCGGAGGAGAAGCAGAUCACAGAUGAGGCUGUCAAAUCAUGGCUGUUUGAUCUGAGGGUUUUGGCGUAUGAUAUGGAGGAUGUCUUGGACGAGUUUGCUUACGAAUUGAUGAGAAGAAAGCUGAUGGGGGCGGAAGUUGAUGAAGCCAGCACAAGCAUGGUACGCAAGUUCAUUCCUACGUGCUGCACUAGUUUCAGUCCAACUCAUGUUGUGCGUAAUGUCAAGAUGGGGUCCAAGAUUAGAGGGAUCACAAGCAGAUUGCAAGACAUUUCAGCUAGAAAAGCUGGACUUGGCCUGGAAAAGGCGGCAGGAGGAGCUACUUCCGCUUGGCAAAGGCCACCACCCACUACACCUAUAGCAUACGAACCUGGCGUUUAUGGCAGGGAUGAAGAUAAAAAAGCGAUUCUUGAUUUGCUGUGCAAGGUUGGGCCCAAGGAAAACAGUGUUGGCGUCAUUUCCAUUGUUGGCAUGGGCGGUCUGGGCAAGACAACACUUGCACGGCUGGUUUACAACGAUGAAAUGGCCAAAAAUUUUGACCUAAAAGCGUGGGUUUGUGUGUCUGACGUGUUUGAUGUGGAGAAUAUAACAAAAGCAAUUCUCAAUUCGGUGGAAAGUUCUGAUGCAAGCGGCUCGUUGGACUUCCAACAAGUUCAAAAGAAAUUGACAGACGAGUUGACAGGGAAAAAGUUUUUACUCAUUCUAGACGAUGUGUGGAACAAGAAUUUUGAUAAUUGGGAUCGAUUGCGUGCCCCUUUGAGUGUAGGGGCGAAAGGAAGCAAAGUCAUAGUUACAACACGCAAUAAAAAUGUUGCAUUGAUGAUGGGAGCUGCCGAGAAUCUUCAUGAACUAAACCCCUUGUCAGAAGACGCUUGUUGGUCUGUGUUUGAGAAGCAUGCAUUUGAACAUAGAAAUAUGGAAGAUCAUCCAAACUUGGUGUCCAUUGGGAGGAAAAUUGUUGGCAAGUGUGGGGGAUUGCCCCUAGCAGCAAAAGCCCUUGGUGGUCUCUUACGCUCUAAACAGAGGGAAGAAGAAUGGGAAAGAGUAUUGAAUAGCAAAAUUUGGGAUUUUUCAAGCACGGAAUGUGAGAUUCUUCCUGCGUUGCUGUUGAGCUAUCACUGUCUCCCGUCAUAUUUGAAGAGGUGUUUUGCAUACUGUGCCAUGUUCCGCAACGACUAUGAGUUUGACUCAAAAACUUUGGUCCUCCUGUGGAUGGCUGAAGGUUUAAUUCAGCAACCAAACGCUGACAACCGCACAAUGGAAGAUCUAGGAGACGACAAUUUUUGUGAAUUAUUGUCAAGGUCAUUUUUUCAAUCAUCAGGUAACGAUGAAUCCCGUUUUGUGAUGCAUGAUCUUAUCUGUGAUCUAGCUCGAGUUGCUUCUAGUGAAAUAUGCUUUUGUUUGGAAGAUAACUUGGAAAGUACUCGACAAUCCACAAUUUCCAAAGAGACUCGUCAUUUAUCAUUCAUUCGUGGAAAAUUCGAUGUGUUAAAAAAAUUUGAAGCCUUUCAAGAGUUAGAACAUUUACGAACAUUUGUGGCUUUACCAAUUCAUGGUACGUUUACAGAAUCUUUUGUAACUAGUUUGGUGUGUGAUCAUUUGGUGCCAAAAUUUCGAUAUUUAAGAGUCCUCUCUUUGAGUGAAUAUAUGAUAUUUGAGUUACCAGAUUCUAUUGGUGGAUUAAAGCAUCUACGUUAUUUGAAUUUGUCUUUCACCCAAAUCAAAUUAUUGCCAGAUUCAGUGACCAAUCUCUAUAAUUUACAAACAUUGAUACUAUCCAAUUGUGAGCAUCUUACAAGGUUGCCUUCCAACAUUGGAAAUUUAAUUAGCCUUAGACAUCUUGAUGUUGUUGGAUGUUCAUUGCAAGAGAUGCCACAGCAAAUAGGCAAAUUAAAGAAAUUGCAAACCUUGUCAGAUUUUAUUGUCGCCAAACGAGGAUUUUUGGGAAUAAAGGAGUUGAAGGAUUUGUCAAAUCUGCGGGGGAAGAUAUGCAUUUCAAAAUUGGAAAAUGUUGUGGAUGUUCAAGAUGCUAGGGAUGCCAAUCUAAACACUAAGCUCAAUGUUGAAAGCUUGAGUAUGAUUUGGAGUAAAGAAUUGGUUGAUUCACAUAAUGAAGACACUGAAAUGGGAGUCCUCCUCUCUCUACAACCUCAUACCAAUCUGAAGGAACUCAGGAUUGAAUAUUAUGGUGGUCGAAAAUUCCCAAACUGGAUGUGUGAUCCCUCUUACACUAAAUUGGUUGCGUUAAGUCUUAUUGGUUGUAUAAGAUGCAUAUCACUACCUUCCGUUGGGCAACUACCCCUCCUCAAGAAGUUAGUCAUCAAAAAAAUGGAUGGAGUGAAAAGUGUGGGGCUGGAGUUUGAGGGCCAAGGUUCUCUUCAUGCUAAGCCUUUCCAAUGCUUAGAGUCUUUGUGGUUUGAGGACAUGAAGGAAUGGGAAGAGUGGUGUUGGUCAACAAAGUCAUUUUCUCGCCUCCGUCAGUUGGAGAUAAAAAAUUGUCCAAGAUUGAUUAAGAAAUUACCCACACACCUAACUUCUCUAGUAAAGCUCAGUAUUGAGAAUUGCCCAGAAAUGAUGGUUCCACUUCCAACAGACUUGCCUUCUCUUGAAGAGCUCAAUAUUUAUUAUUGCCCAGAAAUGAUGCCACAGUUUGACAACCAUGAAUUUCUCAUUAUGCCACUGAGGGGAGCGAGUAGAAGCGCAAUUGACAUCACCUCACAUAUUUAUUUGAAAGUUGGUGGAAUAUCAGGGCUUUCCAGACUUCAGCCGGAGUUUAUGCAGUCCCUGCCGAGGCUUGAACUUCUAGAAAUUGACAAUUCUGGUCAGUUGCAAUGUUUGUGGCUGGAUGGGUUGGGAUUAGGAAACCUCUCUCGCCUUCGAAUAUUGAGUUGUGACCAACUUGUAUCCUUGGGAGGGGAGGAGGAGGAAGAGCAAGGGCUGCCUUACAAUCUUCAGCAUUUGGAAAUUCGUAAGUGUGAUAAGUUGGAGAAGCUUCCGCAUGGAUUACAAAGCUAUACAUCUCUUGCAGAGUUGAUCAUCGAGGAUUGCCCAAAACUGGUGUCAUUUCCAGAGAAGGGUUUCCCGCUCAUGCUUAGAGGUCUUGCUAUUUCUAAUUGUGAAAGUCUAAGUAGUCUACCUGAUAGGAUGAUGAUGAGAAACAGCAGCAACAACGUGUGUCACCUAGAAUACUUGGAGAUAGAGGAGUGUCCAUCUCUUAUUUGCUUUCCAAAAGGGCGGUUACCCACCACCCUUAGGCGACUAUUCAUAUCCAAUUGUGAAAAUCUAGUGUCUCUUCCAGAAGACAUCCAUGUGUGUGCCCUUGAACAGUUAAUUAUAGAGAGGUGUCCAUCUCUCAUUGGUUUUCCAAAAGGUAAGCUACCCCCCACUCUCAAGAACACAGCCAAUUGUGGUCUUCAAAUCUUGGAUAUCUCGCAAUGUUCAUCUCUCGCAUCCUUUCCUACUGGCAAGUUUCCCUCUACCCUUAAAUCUAUUACGAUUGAUAAUUGUGCACAGAUGCAGCCAAUUUCAGAGGAGAUGUUUCACUGUAAUACUAAUGCACUUGAAAAGUUGUCCAUCUUGGGACACCCUAAUCUCAAAACCAUACCAGAUUGCCUCUACAACCUCAAAGAUCUUCGGAUUGAAAAAUGCGAGAAUCUGGACUUGCAGCCUCAUCUAUUGCGAAACCUCACUUCUCUUUCAUCACUUCAGAUCACUAAUUGUGAGAAUAUCAAAGUGCCCUUAUCAGAAUGGGGACUUGCCAGAUUGACCUCUCUUAGAACUCUUACCAUUGGUGGCAUAUUUCUGGAAGCCACCUCCUUUCCUAAUCACCACCACCACUUGUUUCUUCUUCCUACUACUCUAGUUGAGCUUUGCAUUUCAAAUUUCCAGAAUCUGGAAUCCUUGGCCUUCCUGUCUCUCCAAACGCUGACCUCUCUUAGAAAGCUAGACGUCUUCCGAUGUCCUAAGCUCCAGUCGUUUAUACCAAGGGAAGGGCUGCCUGACAUGCUUUCAGAACUGUAUAUAAGAGACUGCCCACUCCUAAUUCAAAGGUGCUCAAAAGGGAAAGGGGAAGAUUGGCCCAAGAUUGCCCACAUCCCCUGUGUGAAAAUAGAUGACAAAUUGAUCCUUGAGCAAUAAGAAGUUGAGAUGGCAGCAAAAUGAAUGCAGAGACCACCACUAUAUAUAUAUGUGCUUGUUGAAACUCAUCCAACAGCAAAAACUCCCCUUCACCAAUCACUGGUUUGCCAUCCAUGCUAUAAAGUCUCAUGCUUGAUGGUUACGAAGGUUGAAAAAUCAGUAUCUCAUUGACAGAAGAA